AUAAUACCUUGGUUAAAUUUUACAUAUCUGCGAACUUCGCCUUCCUGUUGUAUGCGCCGGUGGCACCAUGCCGGAGGAGGGAGCCAAGGCGAGCGUGUCGCCGCCGCGCUGGGCCGGCCUGCACUCCGAGUACUCGCCGCCCAAGGCCGGCCCGGAGGCGGCCGGCGACCCCGGCACGCGCUCCGAGACGCGCCGCCCCCACCUGGUCAACUACGGCGCCUCCCGGCUCAGCUCGUCCGUCAGCUUCAUACCGCUGCCCGAGCACGGCCGGCUGGUGAUCGGCCUGCCCGAGCGCCAGCUGCCCGCCCGACCAUCAGUAUCCAAGGCAUGGGCGUGGAGCCGGCGCACGCCGUGCUGGAGGCGGACGGCGGCCGCGUGCUGCUGCGGCCGCAGGCCGACAUGACCACCGUCGACGGCAUCCGCUGCACCGGCCCCGUCCUCCUCAGCAAGCGGAAUGGCGCCGGAUUUGAGAGCAAGGUUUCAGCCACGUGAGAAGCAGAUGUGAGGGCUGAGACUGAACAAAGAGUUGUGGCGGCUGUGCCUCUUAACGCGGCGCUUCCAAGCCUCGUUGCUGAUGUGGGAAGAGCAUUACAAAUACAAGGGAAACGCUUACGGUUGAGCUGUGCGUGACGUAGGCUAUGAUUCACACGGCGUAUGAUAGUAAUACGAACGUCACAAUUCCAAUGGAAAGGAUCUGGAAUAUUGCCACUCAUUUGUUGUUGUUUUUUAAUCACAUAAUGCCUCCGGAGCGGGACUAAUCGCACAAGUCAAUGUUGCUACUUGUUGCGAUAUUAAGCAGCUGUCUCAAGUUUUGUGUAAGGAGCAUCAAGUCAUUACGGCAUUAUAAAAGUACUGCCCUGCCCUCGAAGAACGUGAGAGGAAAAGCGCAGACACAAAAGCUGCAGCACGUCACGAAAAAAAAACGCGAAAGGAACCGGACGCCAUGCCAUGCUUGCAACUGGCGCACAGUUGUUCAUCGGGCUCCGUGGCGUACACGCGCAGCAGGGUACUGACCUGAGGCGCCAGUGCUCGUGACAUUGGUCCACCGAUUGACGCGACUUACUUGACGUGGGGCCUGUGUCAUCCUGGGCGGUCAUGUGAAGCGUCCAUUGUUGUGCAGGGGCAGACGUGCUCCGGUAUGGUUGGCUAUGCGUGUGAAAUUGAUGAAUGCUUUCUAUUUUAGCAAUAACAAGGCUUCAGCUGGUGUCUGUAGGUGAUCUGUAAGCAAGAGACGCAUUACGUUCGCGUUGGCAUGUUGGCGAUGUUUUCGUGAAGUGAAAAUGAUUUUGU